AUCUGGCCACAAGUUUCCAAACUUUGAAAGAGGGCAGACAGACAGAGACGGUGAGUGGGGCGGCCCAUGAGACGGAGGGGAACCAAGCUUUGGACAAACCGCCGCACCACACACUCCAAACGCGACCUGGUGUCUUUUGAGGGAGAGAAAGAAAGAGUGAAGAAAAGAAAGAGGCAGAGUCCUUGAGGACCAUUUACAGGGGGAAUAUCCUGCGCCACAACUUGUUUGUUUUCUCUUUCUUUCUCGUCUUCCAGCUCCUCUCAGAUCUCGAUGCUUUGCUUUGGGAUUUGUGCUCCAAAUCCAUCAAAAUCCUCUUCUGAUCUUUCUGUUCUUCAACCAAAACAUUUUGAGCUGCACAUUUUUUCCAGAACUUUGCAACCCAACGAAGUGAGACAGACACUUGCAGGAUUUUGCUUGGACUGAAAAGUUGAAUCCAAGCCCGGUUCUGGAAUGAAUUUAACCGAUCCCAGCUUGUCGAGAGAGACUCUUCUGCAUGUAAGCCGGAUGUCUCUUGGGGGCCCCUGGGCGUCAGGGACCCCGAGCCCUGCUUCUGAUUCUGAAAUAGGUUUUGAGCAGAACCUUUCCGGAGACUGCGGUUCUCCCGAUGGCCUUGGAACCGGGAAGAUGAGGAGAACAGAAGCGAGGAUUUCUCUGACGCCCAGUUCCGGGGGACAGAGUCCGGACCUGACCCAGGCGGGAAGUGCGUCGGCCGGCACGGCCGAUGGGAAGGCUGUGGGGGGUGAGCAGAGGAUCCGCAGGCCCAUGAACGCCUUCAUGGUCUGGGCCAAAGACGAGAGGAAGCGACUGGCCGUGCAGAACCCUGACCUGCACAACGCUGUGCUCAGCAAGAUGCUCGGUCAGUCAUGGAAGGCUCUGAGUGCUACAGACAAGCGGCCAUUUGUGGAGGAAGCAGAACGUCUCCGUGUCCAACACCUCCAGGAUCACCCAAAUUACAAGUACAGGCCCCGUCGCAAAAAGACCACCAAAAAACUCAAGCGGGUUGAACCAGGGCUUCUGCUUCACAGUUUAGCCCAUGGCGGGGCACCAGGCCUUGGAUUAGGCCCUGGUAUCAGCCCCUUGGGAUCAGAAAGUGUCUCUGGAGGUUCUGCUUAUGGUAACAUAGGUGCCCACCCUUCACAUUCCCAUCACUCCCACCAUCUUCUGCACUCUCUUGGGCACUUCAGGGACCUCCAGGCCCCAGGACACCUAGAGCUGGAGAGCUAUGGCCUUCCUACUCCGGAGAUGUCCCCUCUUGAUGUUCUGGAAGAUGGAGCUGGGGAAUCUGUGUUUUUUCCCCAACAUAUGCAAGAAGAGGCGGGUUUGGCUUGGAGUGGCUACCACCACCACCUUCAACACCCUAACCAGCAUUACAGCCAUAAUUACAACAACCACAGUCACCACAGCUCUAUAAAUGGUGCGGCAACACACGGUUCAGGAAUGAGUCUUGGUGCCAGUUUAAGCAACUGUUUGAACUCCAAUAUGAGUCCAGGUAGAAGCCCCAGAGUUGAUACUAGAACGAGUUCUGUCGAGUCACAUAUGAUGUCGAGCAUGAACUCUAGGUUAAAUCCCAGCUCUCACCACAUUGCCUUGCGGAGUCCUGUAAAGUGCCUACCACCUCUGUCCAACUGCUCCUCGCCAGUGUCUUACCCCCAGCCCUCCAUCAGCCUCCCUGAGCUGACAAAAUCCCACCAAACACUACAUCAAUCCACUGCUCCUGUCGGCUACUUCAGCCAAACGUAUGGAAACAGCGCUCCGAAUGCGACGUAUUACAUCCCCUCUCAGCUGGGGCAGCUUUCACCUCCUCCUGAAACUUCUCCUUCUUCCUGUUCACCCUCCUCCAUCCCCACAUCCACCUUCCCCCCUCUGUUGCACUUAGACCCUUCAAAUCCAGAGUCCUCCUGCCAUUUAGGGUCUUCUUCGGCUGAGUUCUGGUCCGAGGUGGACAGGCAUGAGUUUGACCAGUAUGUAAAUGUUGAAAGGAAUCGAGAGGAGGCCUACGGACGCGGUGGGGGCUGCGGUGGUGGGUCAAAAGUCUUGAGUGGGCGCAGUAGCAGUAGUGUAGGUAGUACCGUGAAUAGCAGUAUUAUGAACAGGGAUGUCAGUAGCAUUUUGAGUGGUACUGGUGGCUGUGAUGAAGGGAGCAGUCCUCUUAUAUCUGCUCUUUCUGAUGCCAGCAGUGCUGUCUACUACAGUGCCUGUAUCACUGGAUAAAUACUUCGUAAUCUCAUCUCUCGAUGUGUACCUGCUUGCAUACUGCACAAUUGGGUUUGGGUCAUUUGAACCAUGGUUACAUGAUCGGGAGGAAGUAUGUUGGGAACAUUAGUUUUGGCUCAUAUUCUUAGCCAUUGUCAUGCCUAGCUUGUCUUUCACAGACUAAUUCUUAAUUUAAAAGCUUUUCUCCAUUCUGAAAAAGAAAGAUGCCGACAAGUGUUUUUUAUCAUACCAACUUUUUCUGGAGCCAGAGCUGG